CGCAUUCAAAUACUGCUAUUUGCCGAGAUUUUCAAUUUACUGUUAUUCCCACUGGACAUAUUUUAUCAUUUCGUUUACGACAGUCGAACAAGUAAUAAUGAUUUUGUCAAGCAGUUUUAUCAUUUUGAUCGUCUGUUUAUUGUCCAACCCGGCAGUUGGAAAACCAGGAUAUCGUCAGGAAAACGAAAAUUGCGCGCUGCCUGUGUUUGAUGAAGUCAAUUAUAAUAUGCUUCCUGAUUCAUGGUAUCAAAUUCUGAACACCAAUGAUCCAGUUGAACACGGAACGCCAUGUUAUGCAUUCAAAUAUUUCAAAGAAACUGUCGACGGAAUUUUUGCUGAAAUCCAGGGUAUUUCGUCAGCGGAAAAAGGUACAAUGUCAAUCAACGAAGUCAUACCAUUCCGUUGGUACCACAAUGGAACUUCAAUCAUAAGAUUUGACACAAGUUUCGAAUAUUUGUGGCUAAAUUGGGCAAAACACAAAGGAGCAGGUGAACAUGCUUUCGAAGAGAUUCACUACUUUAACGAGCAUCCGAUGAGUUGCUUCACAGAUUAUGAGCAUUAUUUCAUGUGCUUGCAGUGUGGUGAAGAAGGUCCAAGGUAUAUAUGGGUUCACAGUCGUAAUCCACAUCCCACUGCAGAAGACAUUCUACGAGUGCGCAAAAAGCUUGUUACAAUCGGUGGUGGCUGGAGCGCAGUUCCCCUGUACUCAUCCGACUGUCAUAAAUUUAGCAUGCCUGAAACAAUUGCUUACUAAACUGUUAAUGUCUAAUAUUUG